UUUAUUCAGCUGAUUGCUAUUUUAAGUGCGCCAGAUUGGUGCCAAUUAUUGUCGUGUUUGCAUUGUAAUGCAAAACUUUGCAACACGCAUCCAACUUUAGCCAAUGCAGGCUCCUAACAGUGUUGCUUUACGAAUACUAUAUAUCAGAUUAUCAAUAAAUGUUAAGUGUGUGCGUGCGUGUGUGUUUGUGUUUGUGUGUGUGUGUGUGUUUUCAUUUAGGCUAUAGAUAUAGACUGAUUGUCUUGGCUUGCAUCCAUGAAAUAUUGUAAUGUUAUGGCAUAUUGAGAAUAUUUAGAUCGGUGUUGCAGAACAAUCUGGGGAUGAGGACAACCCCGAAUAUUGACGGGCAUUUCACACACUGCCAUCUCAAAAUAUAGCCUAACAUAUAUAAAUAUAACGCUUUAAAAGACACAAAUGUAUUUUCGAGAUAACUCGGUUUAAUUAAAUACUCAAGUGAAAUACCUCCAAAUUGUACUUAUUGUUCAGUGCUUCAGUGAGGGCAGUUACAAUCCAUCACUAAAGAUUUAUGUAUUCUGAUUCAGCGGAUUUAAUAUUUAUUUGUAGAAUCUUCACAACUCACAGCAAUUAAAUGUUAAUUUAUCAUCAUGGGAAAUAGCAUAUAAACAAGCUUCAUAAAAGAUAAUUUCUAAGCAGUACAGAACAGUUUAACAUCUGAAUUGAUCCUGAAAGCCUAUUUCCUAGAAUAAUUCAUUCCGUUUUAGGCCAUCUCACUUAUGGUCACUUAAAUGUUUUUAAGCUCACCAUGUCCAGUAUUCAGAGUUCAAAGCAUUUAUUAACAAAUGUGUUCUAUUUUUUUUUUGCCAAGCGGAGCCAGACUGUCCUGUGCAACAGAUAUGGAAAACUGUUCAUUAGUUAUCAUGAGUUUCGCAAAUGAUAGAGCAGUUGUUGGUGUUUUAGAGCCAUCUGCUGGUGUGAUUGGGUAUUGCAGAUCUGCAUCCGCCUUGUGUGUGCGGCCGUUGCUAGUCAGAACCAGUUGACGUGACAUGUGGUAAGUUCGCAUUUUAAAUAGCUCCCGAAGGUUUAUACGUUUUAAGAUCGAGAAUGUAUGUUUAUGUUAUGAACCUCGACAUAUUAGAUGAUUGUAUAAUUGAUAUGUUAUUAUUGUUUUUAUAGUUUGUCACUUGGUAGGGAGUUUAUGCACAUUUUUAGUUUGACCACAUGUUACUGGUUAGCUAUGUUGGAUGUCCGCUAGCAAUAUAGUUUUGUUUUACUCGUGCAGAACCUGCUGUACAAAUCACAAAUAUACCUUUGAAAGAGAACAAUGUGUUUGUCCUGUCUUUCAGGUAUGCUGCUCCGAAAUGUAAAUGUAAUGUUAUCAUUGUAUUAUUUGUAUAUGUGAUGUGUAUAUACUAGCAGAACUAGUUGACGUGACCUGUGAUCCUGCUGUACAAAUCACAAAUAUACCUUUGAAAGGGACCAAUGUGUUUGUCCUGUCUUUCAGUCCUUUAGACCCAAUCACAACCGUUAUACCUGCGCAAAUAUUCAAAUUAGCCAUGUGCGCCAAACAGAAGAUAGACGCAAUGUAAAUACUUGAUUGUUGUGCACUGUUGUGUUUAGCCUACUGCAUGGUUAGUUGUGGUCUUGAAAACAGCCUAGCCUUGCAGUUGGAGUAGUUGGAGUGAUUGUGUGAUUGUGCGAGAGAGAGCGCGCCUGCCUUGGUUGUGUUUGGCUUGUUGUGGGCUUUGUGUAUGUGUUCAAUGAUGUAUCUGUCUGAUCGUAUGAGCUGUUGAUGGAUGGUUAAAUAAUGUCACAAGAUCGGACAUACUGCAGGCUCUCAUUUGCAAGUGCACUGAUUGUGUGCCCGUCUCUGAUAUGCUAUAUACCUGGCAUUUAUUCAGUUCAUUGCUCUUCUGAGUGCGCCAGAAUGGGGCCAAUUAUUGUCAUGUUUGCCUCUCCCUGUUAUAAAAUAACGUGGAUCCCAACAACUUAAGCCGAUGCAGGCUCCUAUGUCAGUUUUGCUUUAUGAGUGUGCUUUAAUUGUGUGUGUGUGUGUGUGUUUGUGUGUGUGUGUGUGUGUGUGUGUGUGUGUGUGUGUGUGUGUGUGUGUGUGUGUGUGUGUGUGUGUGUGUGUGUGUGUGUGUGUGUGUGUGUGUGUGUGUGUGUGUGUGUGUUGUCAUGUAGGCUAUAGAUAUAGACUGAUUGUCUUGGCUUGCAUCCCUGAAAUAUUGUAAUGUUAUGGCCUAGGCCUACUGCAUAUUGAGAACAUUUAGAUUGAUGUUGCGCAACAAUCUGGGGAUGAGGACAUCCCGAAUAUUGACGGGUAUUUCGCACACUGCGAUCUCAAUAUAUAGCCUAUAUAAAAAUAUAACACUGUACUCGACACAAAUGAAAGUAACGUUGUUUACUUUUAAUUGUACCGCAAUGCAUUUUUUUUUAAGUCUAUUGUUUAUCUUUUUUGUAUUGUAGUUUAAGCACAGUUACAGUCUCCAAGGUGUUUAAUUAUUCAUCCGUCAUCUGCUGUACACAUCUGUACUGUAGUGAGGGCAGUGUUAUGUUGUGGGGUUCAUAUUGAUGGUCUAUGACGUCCAUAAUGCUUUAGUGUGACGCAGUCACAAUGAUCUUCUCUCUCAAUAAACAGCUAAAGUUCAAAAGGCAAAUGAAGUGAUGGAUGAGUUGUGUUUGUGUCCAGGUCUCCAGUCUACUAUGGAUGAGGAGAGAGAGGAGGAGGGUCCUACCUCUAUGACCACUCUGUCUGGGGAACAUGGCCGCCGGAGCAAAGCUAAGAGCCCAGAGCAGCAGCAGAGAGCAGACUCCCCUGGACCCAGCUGUGUCUCCAUGAAGAGUGACUGGUCUAUGCACCUACCUCCUGUUUUUAAAGAUGGACGCCCCUCCAGAGAGGAGAGCCCAGAGCAGCAGCAGAGAGCAGACUCCCCUGGACCCAGCUGUGUCUCCAUGAAGAGUGACUGCUCUAUGGGUCAACCUGAUAACUUUAAAGAUGGACGCCCCUCCAGAGAGGAGAGAAGGAGGCAGCAGAGAGCAGACUCCCCUGGACCCAGCUGUGUCUCCAUGAAGAGUGACCGCUCUAUGGAUCAUCCUCCUGUCUUUAAAGAUGGACGCCCCUCCAGAGAGGAGAGGCCACACCAGAAGAGUUCAAAUGUUACCAGGUCUGUACAGAAGAAUCAAACAGAGCUGAUCAAGAGGGCUGAGGAGAACGCACACGCUUUCCUCGACAAGGAGCUGAAGAAGCUCUGGAGGGAUCUCUUCUCAGAUUACCCACAAUGCUCAGAGGGUCAGAGAGUGGAGGAGGAGGAGGUGGAUGGUAAGAAGGAGGAGCAGAGGAGGCGCGCCAUAGAGGGAGUGGUGGACAUCACAAAGCUCUGCCUGAUGGAGAUGAACCAGGAGGGACUGGCCGACACACUGGGGGGCGGAUCUGAUGCUGUCGAUUGCCAACAUAAAAUCAAGUCUAAUUUGAAGAAGAAGUUCAAGUGUGUGUUUGAGGGAAUGGCUAAAGCAGGAAAACGAACAGAUCUGAACGACUUCUACACAGAGAUCUUCAUCACAGAGAGAGGCAGUGGAGAGGUCAACAAGGAACAUGAGGUCAGACUGAUUGAAACCGCUUCCAGGAAACCAGCCAAGGAAGAAACACCAAUCAGAUGUGAAGACAUCUUUAAACCCUUACCUGGACAAGAUCAACCAAUCAGAACAAUGAUGACAACUGGAGUGGCCGGCAUUGGUAAAACCGUCUUAACACACAAGUUCACUUUGGACUGGGCUGAGGGCAAAACCAACCAGGACAUACACUUCACAUUUCUCCUAACUUUCAGAGAGCUGAAUUUACUGAAAGGGAAAGAGUUUAGCUUGGUGGAACUUCUUCAUCACCUCUUUAUUGAGACCAAAGAAGCAGGAAUCUGCAGAUUCCACCGGUUCCAAGUUGUCUUCAUCUUGGAUGGUCUGGAUGAGUGUCGACUUCCUCUGGACUUCCAGAGAAACCCGAUCUGGACUGAUGUCACAAAGUCCACCUCGGUGGACGUGCUGCUGACCAACCUCAUCAGGGGCGACCUGCUUCCCUUCGCUCGCAUUUGGAUAACCACACGCCCUGCAGCAGCCAAUCAGAUCCCUGCUGAGUGUGUUGACAUGGUGACAGAGGUGAGGGGGUUCACCGACCAACAGAAGGAGGAGUACUUCAGGCAGAGAUUCAGAGAGGAGAAGCUGGCCAGCACAAUCAUCUCCCACGUCAAGAAAUCACGAAGCCUCCACAUCAUGUGUCACAUCCCAGUCUUCUGUUGGAUCACUGCUUCAGUUCUGGAGGACAUCUUCAAAAAAUCCCAGAUCGAAGAGAUGCCCAAGACCGUGACUCAGAUGUACAGCCACUUCCUGAGGGUCCUGUCCAUACAGGGGGACAGGAAGUACCAUGGGAGGGCUGAAACAGAUCCAGACUGGAGCUCAGAGAGCAGGGAUAUCAUUGUUUCUCUGGGAAAACUUGCUUUUAACCAGCUGGAGAGUGGCAACCUGAUCUUCUACGAGGCAGAUAUGGCAGAGUGUGACAUCGAUAUCAGAGCAGCCUCAGUGUACUCAGGAGUGUUCACCCAGAUCUUUAAAGAGGAGUGUGGGCUGUACCAGGACAAGGUGUUCUGCUUUGUCCAUCUGAGCAUCCAGGAGUUUCUGGCUGCCCUUUAUGUCUUCUGGUCCUUUAUCAAUACUGGGGUCAAUCUGCUCUCAACCUCCAGGAAAGAUAAACUCCUCCUCUACCAGAGUGCUGUGGACAAGGCCUUACAGAGUGAGAACGGACACCUGGACUUGUUCCUCCGCUUCCUCCUGGGCCUCUCUCUGGAGACCAAUCAGAUUGUCCUACGAGGUCUGCUGGGACAGAAAAAAAUAUCACUGAUCACUCAGAUUAAAACAGGUCUGCUGCGAAUGACAGGAAGUAGGUCACAGACCAAUGAGGGAACAGUGUCUUACAUCAAGGAGAAGAUAGAAGGAGAUCAAUCUCCAGAGAGAAGCAUCAAUCUGUUCCACUGUCUGAAUGAGCUGAACGACUGUUCUCUAGUGAAGGAGAUCCAGGAGUACCUGACAUCAGGAAGUCUCUCCGGAAAACCUCUCACGCCUGCUCAGUGGUCAGCUCUGGUCUUCAUCUUACUGACAUCAGAAGAGGAGCUGGACGUGUUUGACCUGAAGAAAUACUCUGCUUCAGAAGAUGGUCUUCUGAGGCUGCUGCCAGUGGUCAAAGCCUCCAAAACAUCUCUGCUGCAGGGCUGUGAUCUGUCAGAGAGAUCCUGUGAAGCUCUGGCCUCAGUUCUCAGCUCCAAAUCCUCUAGUCUGAAAGAGCUGGACCUGAGUACCAAUAAUCUGCAGGAUUCAGGAGUGAAGCUGCUCUCUGCUGGACUGGGGAGUCCACACUGUACACUGGAAACCCUCAGGCUGCAGGGCUGUGAUCUGUCAGAGAGAUGCUGUGAAGCUCUGGCCUCAGUUCUUAGGUCCAACUCCUCUAGUCUGAGAGAGCUGGACCUGAGUACCAAUGAUCUGCAGGAUUCAGGAGUGAAGCUGCUCUCUGCUGGACUGGGGAGUCCACACUGUACACUGGAAACUCUCAGCUUGUCUGGCUGCCUGGUCACACAGGAAGGCUGUGCUUCUCUGGCCUCAGCUCUGAGCUCCAACCCCUCCCAUCUGACUGAGCUGGACCUGAGCUACAAUCACCCAGGAGACUCUGGAGCUGCGCUGCUCUCUGCUGGACUGGAGGAUCCACGCUGGAGACUGGACACUCUCAGUGUGGAGCACGGUGGAGUGUGGAGGCUGAAACCAGCUCCACAGAGAUGUGAGUGUCUGUUUGAUUCAUCACAUCACACACUCACUAUUGAGAUGGAAAGUCCAUCCACACAGCAGGAAGUGAGGUCACAUCCUACUGGGAAUGAAGAUGAUGGCUGACAUCAUGUAUCUUACGUAUAUAUUAAUACU